GACCUAUCCAAGGGACACACAGCCGGACAGGACUCGGAGCACACCUGUUCCAGGUAACACGACAGGAUAAGGGCGAGGCAGUUUAUAAGGCUGGGUGUCUGCACUGUCCCCCUGUGUGUAGAAAGCAACCAGCAAAGAUGAGGUUGUGUCACCUGAGGAUCACUCCUUUAAUUUUCCUCAUAAUCGGCUUCGCCGUGCUUACCGAGGGGCGAGCAAAAGUAAGAUUCCGCAGCGGAGGAGUUUCAUAUGGAGGCGCCGCGAGCUCAGUUUCGGGGUCAGGUGGUGCCAGUGUUGGGAUGAUUCUUGGAAUAUUUUUCGGGUCUCUCGGCGGCAUCAUCUUGUUUAUAGUUUUCUGCGUCUUCCUCGCGAAAUGCUGUGCAAAGCAAAGUAUGAGGAGGGCGUCACCCAAAGCAGCCACGCGGUCAGGUCAGCUUUCCAAAAACAAAGCUUUCGACUUCUCUUCCUCUCAGCAACAAUUUGACACCGUUGCGAUUCCCUUCCCAGACAUGGCCACACCAUUCCCCCACUGUCCACCUUUACCGUCCGACAACUUACCUGCCUACGACUCCGUGUGGACUGGCCACACUGCCCUACCUUACCCAGCAUCCCCUCCUGCCUGCGAGAUGUCCACGCCUUCAGCUCCUCCGCAGUCACAGACCGAGUCCACGCCGGACUCUUGAUGAGACGUCACUGCACGAGAUGGGGGAGGUGGACGCACGCGCGUGUGCGAGGGUUAGAAAGAUAAAGGGGAGAGAAAAGGUAUAGAGAGUGCAGACUGCACGUUGCACGGGCUGAGCAAGGUGAGACAAGGAGCAAAGGGAGCGGAGGAACAAUAUUGUAUGGUGUGACAAUCACGAGGACAGUGACGUUCUGCCUGGUGACGUUUGUUCCGUCCUAUUUACUGAGCUGUGAGGCAGGGUCCUAAGCUAUGUAUUCAGACAUACUUUUAUACUGUGAUAAACAUCAAGGUUGGUGUGAAACAGGCUGUCACCGCCUUUUGGUUUGUGUUACAACAUGCCCAUGUUUGUAAACAUUCUCCGGUAUUUUAUUUUUAUUUGUUUUUUGUUAUUUUUUUGAUUGUAUAGUUUGAAAUUUUCUAGAAACACAUCCGUACUCACACUCGUACAUACGGACACUGAAUACAGUUACCUCGCUUUGAUGGUUGAACAAAGAUAUCGCAUGGGCAUCUGCCAUGGCUUGCCAGUAGAUUUACACUGGUUAUCAAAAUAUGUUCAUGGUUCAUCUCUGGUCAUUGCUUGAGAUUUAUAU